AUGAAUCGUUUUCUGAGACUCUUUAUUUUACUUUUUGUGUUUCCCUUUUCAUAUAGUGAUCCUCGUAAAAGUAGUCGCUAUCAGCCGCCAAAGCCCCGAUUUGAAGUGUUUGAUCCCAAGGGAUUGAUUGUGUGGAUUAACGCUGAUCCAGGAAUUAGUUCGUUUACAUUUCACGGGAAACUUAAUCAGCAGUUUGUACAGAAUUACGAUGUUGGACGAUGGGCUCAGACAAUAAUUAAAAUAAAAAACGGCCGAUACCUUUUCAUCGAUCGCGAAGCAAAACUCGUACCAGGUGAUACCAUAUUUUAUCGUACAGUGAUUGUUCGUAACGGACAGACCUACCGUACGAAUUCCGGAGCGUUUACCGUGGAAGAGCUGCGUCCGGCCGCUACACCUUCACCCACAUCCACUUCCGGUAUCGUGUCGCGCUCUGCUACGUCCGAGCUAUAUCCAUAUGUGCUCACCGCAAAUGAACGACGAACUAAGGACGUGAGGUCAACCGCUACCCAAACUGAUGAUUACGAGGGAAAUUCAGCUGAACAUUGCGCUAAUGCACAAACCAUUGUAAAUGGACGAAAAGUGUGUGCUGGUAAACUGUUGUUUGAGGAUAAUUUUAAUGGUCGUUCGAUAGAUUUGCGCAAGUGGCGCAUUGAGAACCGUUUUGCAUCUGACCCCGACAAUGAAUUUGUGGUUUAUGCUGAUUUCCCAGAAAAUAUAAUGAUACAAAAUGGUCUAUUAGCUAUCCGCCCCACUCUGUUCGAGGAAAAAUUUGGACCAGGUGCGACGACUCAGCAGUUUAGGUUUGGCGAAGAGUGCACGGGCCAUAGCAGUUCGCGGGACUGUAUCCGAGACACGAAGAUUGAUUUUGACAUGAUUCCGCCGGUACUUACAGCCCAGAUUACAACUAUAACUAGCUUUAAAUUUACAUUUGGAAAGGUGUUGAUUCGGGCAAAAUUGCCUGAGGGUAGUUGGAUUUUUCCACAGCUAUAUAUCAUCCCUGCCACGGACUUUUAUGGCCAAGACAGUUAUGCUUCCGGAUUAAUGCGCAUUGCAUUUGUACCUGGUGGACCGCAGUUCAGGAAUCAACUAUCCGGUGGACUGCUUGUGAGCGACAGUGAACCUUUGCGCUGCUCUAAAAUGUGCACUUUGAACAAAAAUGUCCAAUGGAGUUCUGAUUACCACGUGUAUGGGCUGAAGUGGACUCCAGAAGGAGUAUGGAUGGAAGUGGAUGAUGAGGUGUACUGUGCCAUUGAUCCUGGAGAAGGGUUAUACCGAACCAUUCAGUCUAGAAAGCCUCAAAUUGCAAAUCUGUGGCAAUUGAGCGGAUCCCGGAUGGCUCCGUUCGACAAGGAUUUCUAUCUUGGUCUUGGAGUAGGUGUGGGAGGUCAUUAUGAUUUCCAUCAAUUUAACGGGAAACCUUGGAAAGAUUUAGGAGUAAAAGCCAUGUUUACCUUUUGGAAAGCUAGAGACAAGUGGUAUCCUACUUGGAAUGUGAAUAGUACCAUGCUUGUCGAUUACGUUCGCGUGUUUGGUGUUUAACCAUGUUUGCCUUCAAGAGCGUCGAAUAACAUCGACUCAAACCAUAUGCCAGUCUCAAAAUGCGUAAAAACAUUUUUGCUUGAUAUUCAGAUGGCAUAAGAGUUAUAACAUACAGCCAUUUUUUAAUACAUAUGUUGGUCAAAA